AUGGUACUACUAAGGAGAUUUGUCCGUUUUAGUGGACCCACAAAAUGCAGGUAUUUCGGAGAUUUGCCAACUGUCAGCUGCUUCGUCAAUACGGUUUCGCCAUGCUCAAGGGUACGCUCCUCUUCCUCCGAAGAAGUUGCUUUUAGGGUUUUCUCCGAUUCUCACUCGAGGACCUUUAUUCAGUCUUCGCGUCUCGAUUCCCAAUUUGUUUUCUUGCUCGGUAGGAUCGAAUUUUGGUUCACUCACUGCAGUGCCAGGGAUGGAGAGGGAUUACAAGGGAAGCGAGAUUUUUCUGUCAGAGCAAAAUCCGAGGCUGUAGGUGAAACUGGGAAUGUGGAGGAACAGACGGAGGCAAGUGGUGUUGAAGAAGAUAUUGAAGCAGAAACAGAAGCUCAAGCAUAUUCAGAAGGGGAGGCCUUGGUCAAAGAAGCGAGGCCUCCGAGAAAGUCUCGAAUUAAGCUCGGAGAGAUAAUGGGGAUAUUGAACAAAAGAGCAGUUGAGGCUGCGGAAAAGGAACGGCCUGUUCCUGAUAUCAGGACUGGGGAUAUUGUGGAGAUUAAUUGGCAUAGAUUGUCUUUCUACAAAGGUAUUGUUAUGUCUAGACAAAAUGCCGGCAUCCACACCACCACUCGAAUUCGGAAAAUUGUUGCCGGCGUAGGGGUAGAAAUUGUCUUCCCUCUGUACUCACCAAAUAUUAGGGAGAUAAAAGUACUCCAGCAUAGGAAGGUAAGAAGAGCAAGAUUGGACUAUCUAAGAGACAAGCUUCCCAGGUUCUCAACUUUCAAAUGAGAGACAAGGAAGCAGUCGUGCCUUUUGGUUAUGUUCAAAGUGAAAAGGAGUCCCCCAACUGCCUGAGAUGUUGUAGAGCCCGAUCUUCUUUGGGUAGCCCUUGUUAGCUCUUCCUUAAUUUUUGUGAAAUAUGAUGUACUUUUAGAGGCAACCAGAUUUCGAAGAAAGUCGAACCUUUUCAUACUUCUUCGAUGUUGAUAUGCGUACCAAUUUUUCUUUUCUGUUUUUUUUUUCCAACAAAGGAAGUGAUGAAAGGCUUGAUGAUGUUGAUUGGUUUCAAGUAAAAAGAAAGUUUGAAGUGAUUGGUAUUGCUUUCAAGCAACCAUUUCAUCUCCUUUCUUAGCAAAGUGAAGGGAUGGGGGCUGGAAUCAUCUUCACCAUCCACUGUAACUAUGUAUUGAAUUUGACAACAUCAC